ACCGCGAACCAGACAAGUCACAUUCGACGCACAGUGUCGUAGGAGGGGAGACCGAGUUUGCAGAAUCGGGAGGUCUGAAACUCUCCCAUACUGACUCUGCCACCUCUCUUCGGUGUUGGAAACAGCAGUGUCAAAGGACUUUCACGAUAAUCAUCUAAUGUAUUAACGAGUGGAAGAUUCAAGUUAAUGUUUACAUAGGUUCUUUUGUAACGUGGAGAUUUAACAGUGUGUUUUUCUUUUCUUUUACAAGACCCUAGCCAGCCGAACGACGCACUUGACAGAAGCCAGACAUUCCACACAAGUGACAUUGAACUCUGUCCUCAACUAGAAGUCUCUGGGCUCACGUUUUCCUGAAAGGCACUUGAGCACUGGCGUGAUUUUCUUAUAUCCCAAUGUGAAGAUUGUGAUAAUUACCUACAGAGAAACAUUAAUUUUCUUGGGAGUGAAGGAAGAAAAGAGGCUUCUCAUGCAAUGAUAGGAGAACAAUAACAGUGAAGUCACACACAACAAGGGUUAAUUAGUGUAUUCUUUAUAAUCAUUACGGUUUAAAUACAGAAGCAUUGACACUGGGUUCAACGUUACAGGAAACUCUUCUUGAGAUACAGUCAGGUUUUUUUAGGUAGCUUGACUUUAAUAAAAAGUACUGAUUUUAGUGAGGUUUUUCUGGGCCUCACAUAAAGCUUCUGAAGUUCUCUGGAAAUUCAUUAACAUUUCCUGGACACCUGUAGGGUCGUAAGGUCGAAAUGGAGUGCUUUGUUUGGAUGCUGGUGACAUUGCUGUCGUUGGUGGCUGUAGUAUCCUCGGAACUUGUUGAUAUGAGGAGGGAAGUGGCUCAUCUCAUGCGUUUCCAUAACAAGGAGAGGCGUGCCCCAUCCCUGCGAGCCUCGGACAUGACAGAGAUGAUCGUAUAUGCGAGGUCAGACCGCCUUGGUUGCGCCCUGAACAAAUGCCAGAGGAUAAAGGCCGGCAGUGUGAUGGAGGGACCCUCCUCUCUCUUUGUCUGUUUCUACUCCCCAUCACAAACUGUCGAACAGAGAGACCCAUUAUUUGUCAAGGUCCCUGAACAACAUGAGAGAAACUGGAGGACUGGAUCCUUUGUCCUGGGACGGUUACCUUGAGCGAUGGGCUAACUGGGUCGUCAACUGUAAGGCCGACUAUCCAGGUCCUCGUCACUGCUACACUAACUUUGAACGAGUACAACAGGGAACACCUGUGUACAAUGCACUGUACGAUUGGCAGAGAGAAGGUGACGUCACUGAUCUACAACUGAUCCAUGGCUGUAGGACUCCAUAUGACCAAUCCCGGUGUAAUCACAUGACAAAUGUUCGACAACCCAUGCUGACCUCCAUGGCGUGUGCUGCCAAAGACUGCAAUGACGGUACCAGGCAGAUGGUUUGCCUCUUUGACAGCAAAGUGGACAGAACUUAUCGGAGGUCCAACGCUGCCGCCUACAGGGAACGGCCAAGAAGAAGACGCUACCGAUCCAGAUACGCCCACCGGCCCAUGUAAUCACUGGCCACAGUUGUUCAUUAAGCAUGAUAUAAUAGUAUACACUAAUCUAGCACUCUUACCAUUAUCACUUCCGGUACAUAAUAAAGACAUAAUGCUUCUUGUAAGGAUGCUUCUUUGAGGUGGAUGGAUGUUUGAUUAUUCAGGGUCGAUUGUUGUUAUGAGUGAAUAAGGUAUCUAUUUUGACAUAAAUCUG